GUUUUCGCUUCUUCUCCGUGACUGUGCUCAGACUGUUCGUGUUUUGGGAGAGUAAUCAUGGUGUAAACACACGGCCAUGGCUGAUGAGAGAGAAGGAGCUGAUAACAACAACAUUAACGACGACAUGGGGAACCAGCUACAGCUCUUACCGGAAAACGAGGAGGAGGAAGAAGAUGACAUGGAAACCGAGGAUCGCGACAGCGAGGGUGCGGAAAAGCCGAGCAUCAUCAACUUCGACCCCAGCCUGCCCACCUCGCACGCUUACCUGGGUUCAGACAUGGAGGAGUUCCACGGGCGCACUCUUCACGACGACGACAGCGUGCAGAGUCUCCCCGUCCUCCCUCACGCCACCCUCAUCCUGAUUCCGGGUCAGACGCUGCCGCUGCAGCUCUUCAGACCGCAGGAGGUCAGCAUGUUCCGCAACCUGGUCAGCCACGACCGCACUUUCGCCGUGCUGGCGCACAGUCCGGAUUCGGGCGGAGGAGAGCUGCAGGCGGAGUUCGGGACGACGGCGGAGAUCUACGCCUUUCGCGAGGAGCAGGAGUACGGCAUCGAGACGGUGAAAAUCAAAGCCGUCGGACGGCAGCGCUUUAAAGUGCACGACAUCCGCACGCAGGCAGACGGGAUCCGUCAGGCGAAGGUGCAGAUUCUGCCCGAACGGAUUCUGAUGGACCCUUUGAGCGCGCUGCAGCUCUCGACCCGCUUGCACAGACGUGUUCCGGAUGCCAGACCCGCGCCGCCUCAGAGCCAAGCACAACGCUGCCACACCUACAGACGGAGGAGGUUGUUUCCUGCUAGUAUGACCCCAUGGCCGUCCUGGGUUUAUGCCCUGUACGACUCGGAGACUCUAAUGAGCAGAGUUAAGAAGCAGCUCCACGAAUGGGAUGAGAACCUCAAAGACGAAUCGCUUCCUACUAACGCUAUAGAUUUCUCCUACAGGGUGGCAGCGUGUUUGCCGAUAGACGAUGCCCUCAGACUGCAGCUCCUGAGGAUCGGUAGUGCCAUUCAGAGACUCCGCUGUGAGCUGGACAUCAUGGACAGGUGCACGUCUCUGUGCUGUAAGCAGUGCCAGGACACCGAGAUCACCACCAAGAACGAGAUCUUCAGCCUGUCUCUGUGUGGGCCGAUGGCAGCUUACGUGAAUCCUCAUGGUUACGUCCACGAGACUCUGACCGUCUACAAGGCCAGCAACCUCAACCUGAUCGGGAGACCCUCCACUCUGCACAGCUGGUUCCCAGGGUACGCGUGGACCAUCGCGCAGUGCCGGACCUGCGGUUCUCACAUGGGCUGGAAGUUCACAGCUAUGAAAAAGGAUAUGAGUCCUCAGCGAUUCUGGGGUCUGACUCGCUCGGCGCUCUUACCCACAAUUCCUCAGGGCGAGGAGGGUGUGGAAGGCUCGCGCCUGCUCUGCCUGUAACCUCAGCGCCACGCAUACGCACACAGAAUCUCGAUCACGUCAGCCGUCCUCCAUCACACCCCACACUCCGAGUGAAUGAGAGAGGCAGGAAGGAGAUCAAAAGCGGUGGAUGAGUUGGAGGAGGAAGAGGAAGAGUGUCGAGAGAGAGAGAGAGAGAGAGAAAUCAAACACUCUAUCACUAUAAGGCACUGAGUUGUCACUUUAAUGAAAUCUAUUUCAAUCAGAACGACACACAACAGCAUUUUUCCCCGACAUAGCAAAGUAUGUGCACAUCAUAAUCAUCACAUCUUGUUGUUUUUUUUAUUUUGUUGUUCCUCUUUGAUGUUAUAUAAAUAGGCUUUUCUGUAAAAAUGAGGGAUUUUGUCUGACGAUCCCUUAUUGGCCAAAGCGCGAUGACGCUCUGUGUGUGUAGAUAAGGAGUUGGGUGUGGUACCGUGUGCCACCGUGACUGCAGAUUGAAACGGACAGCCUGUGAUUUAUUAAAAAAAAACAAAAAAAAAAACCUUAUCGUUGACGAAUCGUACGAGAGACGCGACUGUAUCUACUGUAUUUUUGUAUGUUUCACGUCUACUUUUAUCGCCGACGUUUUCUCCCGUUUUAUUUCGCCAUGGAUGAUGUUUUUGGACGUAUACGCGUGUUAAACACUGAAAAAGAUCGUGUGUUUUCUAGAAAGAUCUGUGUGUAGAUUGAGAACUUUGGUUUCUAAAGGACCUACGAUACGCAUUCGUUAAAGCGCACACACACACACACACACACACACUUAAGAUUCACUUCACACAUACGCAGUAUAGUUUGUGUAAUAUAUUUCCUCAUAUUUCAUGUUUCAGUUCCACUCACUGGCGUAUUUAUGACCGUAAUAUAUUCCAAGGAUUCUUGCUGAUCAGUACUACAUGCUCUAAUAAAAUCUGGAAUGUG